GCCCGGCGGGGCACGUCAUCCUGCUGGAGUACGUCAGGCGAGCUGCUGGUGAUCUUCGCCCCGAGUGGGCAGUCUCUGGUCUGCACGCUCACGCACGACGACGAGAGCUACGAGGAGGUCGUCCUCGGAGCCACUGGCGUGCGGAGGUGGCUGCCGUGCGAUGGCGGGCGCAUGAGAGCGCAUCCGGCCGCGGUCGCGGGGCUUGGCGUAUACGGCUCCCGCGGCGGGGCCACGUCAGCGAGGGUCGCCCAGGUGCUCGCCGCCGCGGCGGCUCGCAUGGAGGUGGUGCUGGCGCCCAACACGGUGGUGGUGCCCAACAGCAUCGGUGCCGCAGGCCCUCGAGGCGCCCCGCUGUCCCCGGCGGCGGCCGCGGGCUACCCCGUGGCGGCGGCGCCGACCGCGGCAGCGGCUCCGCCCCCAGGAGCGCUGGUGGCCGCGCCCCCCGCCCCGCUGGCGGCGCCAGGGGCGACGACUGCCGCGGGCGGCGGCUUGGGAGGGCUCGCUGCUGCCCUGGCCUUGCCAACCGCCGGCGAGGCUGGCCAUCGCUCGGCGCUGUGGUCACUGAAGUUCAGAGAGGCGCACGGGGACACCCACACCGGGCGCCACUCGAUGUGGCUCUCGGAGGCUCAGCUCGCGAGACACGAGCCCAGCGUCGGUGAGCACGAGAGGGCCCGCCGCACCCGCGCACGGAUGGUAGUGUACGACCAGCCUAACAUAGCGGACCCCGCCUCGGAUGAUAUGCUGGCGCGGGCAGUGCAGCCAGGAGUUCUGCAGCGAGGAGCUCGGCAUAACGCGUGCCGCAAGGAACAGAGCAAAACCAGAGAGGAUCGCGAGCUGGCCCGCACGUCCUGUGAGGACAAGAAGACGGGCUACGGCGACAUGUGCUCUGGCAAGGAUGACAAGUACCGACAGCGAGAUCUCUUCCCGCUGCCGUACCUGGCGGAGUCGGCCGAGGGCCCACUUUUCGGGCGCAGCCGCGGUGCACGACGACGCCGUGGCGCCGCCGAGCAUGGACAAGACUGGGCCAAUGACGCUAUCGAUGUCAUGAACGCUGCGUGUGCUCCUGGGGCCCAGCCGUCGACCGUCGGACUCUCGGAAGGUCAGCGGGCGUCGCUCGAGCACAUCCAGUCCGCCUUUGCCAGCCUGGAGUCUCUCCCCGAUGGCGAAGGUUUUGCUGGCGGAGCUCUUAGCGAGCUUCUCGCCGGCUCUCCGCGUUGCAGCUCAGGGGGGGCGCGGCGGCCCUGCUCGCGGGACUUGAUCUCGUGGCCGGACUUUGGCGAUGACCCUGUCCCCAUCACGGAUGUGGUUGCUGGCCCGGGCGCUCAGUGGCUUGGGGCUUGGAGCUCGAGCAUGCUGCGUGACCGAGGUGAGGCUGACGCCCUCUUGCAGCAAGUUUGCCCUCGCGGGCCGUACGUGGACCCGCACCUUUCCGUCUCGCCCGUCACCUAUGGCGAGUUCCUUGUGGAGAUGUCUGAGCGCAAGACGGUCUGCUUCCAGGCGGAGGAUCCCAGCAUCCAGCCAGUUGGAGUCUUCUGUGAGGCAAAGAAGAGCGGCCGUUUGAGACUGAUUUUUGAUGCACGCACAGCGAAUGCCUAUCUCGCCGACCCCCCCGCCACCGCGCUGCCGAGCGCAGCGGCCUUCGCCAACCUUGAGGCGCCUGUUGGCAGGGUCGUCGUCGCGGCCAGGGGCGUCGAUAAUGCGUCCUACCGGCUGCGGCUGCCCGACGGUCUCUGCAGGUAUUUCCGGCUGCCGCCCAUCGACCGCAUGCGCCUCGAGGCUCGGGGCGUGGCUGGGCUACCGUCGGCGACGCGCGCGCAGGGCGGGCUGCCUGGCGUGGCGAUCCAGCCCGCGGGCCAGGCGGCCGUUGCCGGGCACGUCGACAACUACCUGCCGGUCAGCUCGGACGAGGCCACGGCGGACCAGGCCCUCGCCAGCGUCACGGCGAUGCUGGAGGGCGUCGGGCUGCGGGUGCACACUUCCGAGCCGGCCGCUGACAGCUGCAGGUUCCUUGGCAUGGAGUUGCGGCGUGGACGCUGGCCGGCCAUUAAAGGGCGCUCGGUGUGGAAGCUCCGAUGCGCCAUCGAAGAGCUCUUGCGCCGCGGGCGCGCUUCGGGGCAUCUGGUUCGCAUCCUCGUCGGGCAUCUGACUUGGGCGCCCAUGGUCAGGCGCGAGGCGCUCGGGCUGCUCGACGCAACCUGCGCCUUCAUCGUCUCGACGGGCGCGGAGGUGCAGACGCUGUGGCCGGCGGUCCGCACGGAGCUUUGGCGGUCGCGGUGCCUGCUGCCGCUCCUGGUGCCCGACCUGACAGCUCC